AUGGAGGUCCUAGAACCACGUGGUGGUGGUGGAAUGAACGCGUCGUUCCUUGAUCUUCCCGACCGCAGCUCAUCACUGUGCGGUGGGCUCGAAACUCCAACGCCAAAUCGCUGGCUUUCUGAUACAGUCCCAGCGCCUUUGAUUGAACUGGGGCAGUCGCUGACCGAACCUGCACGUGAAACGACUCCUCAUAGGGCCCUCGAGGCUCGAAAUGUCAAGCGGAAGGCGUCCCGGGUGCUGGGGCGAGCCACUUUGGAUACAGAUGUUGAGGACACGGGUAAAGCACUCGCAGGCCUCCUAGCGCAAGUGCAAAGGGUGUACCAGGACCGGCUGGAACAGAUACAGACACAGUUGGCCGAAGACCUAGAGAGCUGGAAGGCUGAACAGCAGGCUCAGGAAGACCUGCUCAAAGAACGCAUCGCCACACUGGAAAGCGAAGUCACCCAGCUUCGGGCUGAACUAGAACAAGUUCGAAAGGCGACGCCAGAGCAAACCGCAGUGCCACAGUCCACUGAGCGUGGGCCAACGGUGCCAAAAACACUCCGCACUCACGAUCAAGACCAUCUCCGAGCCCGCGCUCAAGACUACGUACCAGGACCUAAGCCCGUAUCUCGUCACAACCAACCGUCAUCGAGCUUCGCGGACAUCGCCGCACUGCUGGCCACCAAGCCUGGAGGGCACGAGCCAAACGGCCCCCGUGUGGACAAAGAGGACAUCAUCCUUGCGGUCAACCGCGGACUUGCCCAAGCCGAAUUCCCAGGCUUCGUCCGGGUAAUUGAUGCGGGAUAUAGUAGCACUGGUGCGGUCACCGUGCUCUUGGAGAAAGAAGCUCUAGGGUCUAUGCUAGUACCUGCCUACUGGGACUUGGUGGUUGCAGCAGCACGACAGGCAGAUCCGGCAAUCAUUUCGGCCGAGCUACCGGAGCAGUGGUACCGAGUCAAGGUGCACGGAGUUCCGACUCGUCGCUACCUAAGCUGUGGACUAGGCCUUGCCAGGGAGGAAAUCGAACUAGGAAGCCGGAUCCGACUGAAGAGAGACCCUACGUGGCUUCGGCGACACAGGGAUAUGCAGGAUGGCAGCAGGAAAUGGUCUACUAUCGUCGUCACUGUAGGGUCCCUCGAGGAGGCCCGGGAGCUUCUGAUCCAUGGGAUUCGGUUUGGAGGAAACCGGUAUAAGACAGAACACUACUGGGAAGUGGGGGUAGAUACGGUCUGCCCUCGAUGCUGCCGCCUUGGCCAUCGCAGCUUCAAAGCCUGUGGGAGCAAUCCGCCAUGUUGCUUUAUCUGUGCGGGCCCACAUGAGGGACACGAGCACACUUGUCGCGUAGUAGAAUGCUCGGCUAAGGCAGGCACCGCCUGCCAACACACGCCCGCGAAAUGUGGUAACUGUGGAGGGCCACAUUCCGCCACCGCUGGAAAUUGCCCAGCUAGGCGUGCGGCUCGAAAGCAGCAACGGGAUAGCAGGGAAGCCUAUCGAAGCGACUCGGUGCCGUCGGCCCCGAAUCGCCCGGGAUCACCCACGAUCGAUUUGCAAAGGCCUACCGCGGGAGUGCGUAGCAGCGUAGCCUCGGAGGGUUUAGCCCCGACGAAUCGGCAAUCCCCCGCAGACCGACAGCCAAGAGCAGAGGAAGCGAUGGACCUCAGUGACGACGCCUCGGAAGGGACUAACGCGACGGUGGAUGACCAAUCUGAUCAAUAA